AUGGAUCCGUUGUCAAUCAUUGCCGGUGUCGCAGGCAUCGCCACGGCGGGUGUCUCCCUUGUAGAGGUGCUCUUCGACACCAUCGACUCGUACCAGAAUGCCCCCAAAGACAUCGUCUCAAUAGCGCGGGGAGUCCAGGAUCUCUCGAUUAUCUUGGACCAACUGAAGCAAGUCCUCAUCGAUGGGCGAAACAUGCAUACAAGAUGGCUCCUUAAAUCCGUCGCUUCAGCAAUCAGACAAAUCGAAUAUGUACAUGCUGAAGUAUGGGAGCUCAUCCCUCGAGGUGGCUCCGGAUUUGAGAGGGUCAAGUGGACAUUUCGGAAGGGUAAAGUCAGAGAUCUGCUCAACAAGAUCGAGACGCAAAAGAGCACUGUUCAGCUCGUCUGCACGACCCUUCUUCUGGCUAUUCAGCAGAAGAAAGUCACAAAACACAGCAGGCGACGCCCUGGCAAUGAUUCGGAGAAGUAUGCGAGGAGCAGGUUGAGAAGACAAGCUGAAAACCUCGUCAAGACUGCUCACGAGUCGCUCCUCAAUUUGACUCAGAGCUCGGAUCAGGAGGCAAUCGAGGGGUCUUCCACCGACACAUCCCAAAGUCAGAGGCAGCAAGAGCCGCAGACACCGCUUAUUGAUGGCUCUCCGACUACACCCACUAUUCGUGUAUCAGGCCCUGAACAAGACUUUCCAGACGACAAUGAGGAUCUUUCAUCCCAAAAAACCCCCGAUGAGACUGCGUUGUGGGUCUACGACAUGGUUUUCUCGCCGACAGCCGAAAGAAAGGCUCAUGAAGGAGACGCUGGGCCCCGACCCGACGGCAGCAACGCCCUCAUUCUCCGCAACUCACAGGGCACCGAUAUUGUUCUGGCUUCAAAGAGGCCCAUGGCGGCAGAAGUUGUUGAUGAUCUUCUCUACGACUGGACUCACUUGAGCUGGCAUGACAUUAAGGAGACGUCCGAGACUGUGCGGGUGGAACGCCCAGAGCAACCAAGGAGGUACUCGGAUGAGCGUCUUAGAGAAGAUCAGGGCUCCAACCUAGAACCACCACGCCAGUCAAGACGGAAGACGCGCCGUCAUCGAGGAGCCUCCGAGGAGCAUAUUCGACGAGGUAUAAGUGUGGAAUACGAGAGCGAAGGAUCCUUAGGCGGCUCAGCUAGAUCCGAGCACUGGUCUUAUAUCGACAGUCAACCAUCUGACUCUCAACGAGAAAUCACAAGAAGGCGAUAUUCCGCUCAUGAUUCAGAGCGAGAACCGCCAACUCCUCCAAGUGGACACAGGGCCAGAUCGUAUUCGGAUGCGGGUCCAGAACCGAGAAGGAAUCCACGUCAUGCAACCGUUGAGGAUGACCCAGAUGACUCCAUGGAUGAUCUGGCGAGAAAACGUGCCAGAGCGAGGGCUGCACAUGAAGAAGCCAGACGCCGAGCAGACGCCGAGUUUGAGAAGCAUCGUCCGUACACACAACACACAUCACGAUCAAACACAAACCGAAGUCAAGAUCGAGAGGCAGACGAUAGGCCAGGCCACAGAGAGGAUCAUUCAAGCAGAGCCAACCAGAGUCAAACGCCAAGUCGGAUACAGAGGGCUGCCGCCGCGAGUUUACUUGCUGGAGCGACUGAAGCGUUUCGUGUCUAUAAAGAGCCAGGCGGCUGGGACAGUAAAAAGAGUACGAGGGUAUUGGCAGCCGCAGCCGGAGCUGCAGCGGUGCCGCGAGUGCCAGACCAGAACAAUUAG